UCAGGGCACGCGCACGGGUUUGCUCACUCACCAACUCAUAGCCUGGCCGCGCAGCAAACGGUCUCCUGACCAAACAAUCUGAACACAGACCGCUGCCCGACGCUUGCCACACAAAACAAUAGCGAUUUUCUGUCAAUAAACCUGAGCUUUUGUUGAUUUAAUUUGCCCGGUGACGCCCGGUUAUGGAGCCAGUCGGGUCUGAAUAACAGGCGCGGACAAAGCGGAUCAGCUCAAGCCGAGAUGAGCGCCACUAUGAGCGGCUCCGGGUCAGCGCCCUGCCGUUUCGCACAUUACUUUAUUAUAUGCGGAAUAGACAACGAAACGGGUCUCGAACCAGAUGCGUUAGCAGCUUUGUACCAAUGGCUCGAGGCCGAUCGGCAGGGCAGGGACCCAGCGGCUGUGGCAGCAGGGGAAAACUUUGAUCAGAGCCCAUUGAAGAGGACCUUUAAAUCCAAAGUGCUCGCCCACUACCCAAAGAACAUUGAGUGCAACCCAUUCGACCAAGAUGCUGUUAAUAUGCUCUGCAUGCCCAAAGGCCUGUCAUUUCAAACUCAACGUGACAGUCGCGCCCCACAGUUCCACUCUUUCCUCAUCACCAGAGAAGAUGGUUCUCGCACUUACGGUUUCGUCCACACCUUCUACGAGGAGGUCACGAGCCCUCAGAUCUGCUCCGCCAUGCAAACGCUGCACCAGAUGCACCAGGCGGAGCACAACGCAUCUGCCCACAACUGCCCUUCCGCACCCUCUUCAUCAUCUUCUUCCUCAUCAUCUAGUAUGGACUCUCUAGCCAGCAGCCUGGAUGAGGUCGAGUCUCCUUCCUCCACACAAGGAGGUCGCAGGAACUGCGGCUGCUCCGGCGAAGGCUACGACUCCCUCCGUGACACGCUGUAUGUGUCAAAAGCCAUGUGUCUCAUCACGCCCAUGCCCUUCAUGCAUGCAUGCAAACGGUUCCUGUCCCAGCUCCAUCGUGCCGUCACCUCCAAUCAGCCACCUCCGCUCCCUUUGGAGAGCUACAUUUACAACAUACUCUACGAAGUACCGUUGCCCCCGCCCGGACGAUCUUUAAAGUUCCACGGUGUGUACGAACCCAUCCUGUGCCAGAGGCCUGGAGUCGGAGAGCUACCGUUGGCUGAUUUUCCACUGGGCGAGGCCUUCCGGUUAUUGGGGGUGGAAAAUCUGGUGCAGCUUUUCACCUGCGUCCUGCUGGAAAUGCAGAUCCUGCUUUAUUCACAGGACUACCAAAGGCUGAUGGUGGUUGCGGAGGGAAUCACAACGUUACUGUUUCCCUUCCAAUGGCAGCAUGUAUACGUGCCCAUCCUUCCCGCAUCCCUGCUGCACUUUCUGGAUGCCCCUGUGCCCUAUCUCAUGGGCCUGCAGUCCAAAGAGGGCACGGACCGCUCCAAACUGGAACUGCCUCAAGAGGCGAACCUUUGCUUUGUCGACAUUGAUAACCACUACAUCGAGCUGCCUGAAGAUUUCCCGCAGUUUCCCAACAAGCCCGAAUUCAUUCAGGAAUUGACUGAGGUGUUGCUUAGUUUUGGUCUAUCUCCAGAUGGAGGCAACACCUCUCCUGUUCCAUCCAUCAUCAAGCAGACCUCCACGCUAGAAACGGAGCUGAAGAGCGCGUCUCUGAGCGAACUUGUUGAUGACAAGAGGAACGGAAACCUCGGAGGUGAAGCUCUGGAUGUAUUGGAGCUUCUUCAAGGCAACCCAACGUUGGAGCGUCUGCAAGCUCUGGCCAAGAGGACUGGUGUGAAAGUGGCCCGCUUGGAGGCGUUGGCUGCAGGGCAGAAGGCCGUAGGGGAAGAGGGUGUGGGAGGAAGAUCUCCCGAAGAGGAACAGGAGCUGCGAAACGCAAAGUUGAACGUGCAGCUGAGGGAGGUGUUUGCUGCACGCUUUGCAACGAUGUUUGCGGACUAUGAAUCGUUUGUGAUCCAGAACUCUCCAGAUCUGGAGUCCUGGCUGACCAACAGAGAGCAGAUGCACAACUUUGACAAGGCCUCCUUUCUUUCAGACCAGCCUGAACCAUACUUGCCCUUCCUGUCCCAUUUUAUUGAAACGCAAAUGUUUGCCACCUUCAUCGACAACAAGAUCAUAUCUCAGUGGGAAGAGAAAGAGCCCCUCUUACGAGUGUUUGAUGGACGAAUCGAGAAGGCACGUCUCUACAAUGUCCGUGCCCCCAGCCUGCGAUCCUCUAUCUACCAGAAAUGCACUUUCCUCAAAGAGUCUGCCCAGGCAAUAGAGCAACGACUAAGGAAGAUUGACCACACGGCCAUCCACCCUCACCUGCUAAAUAUGAAGAUCGGGCAAGGAAAAUACCAACAGGGGUUUUUCCCUAAACUGCAGGCUGAUGUGCUCGCCUCAGGGCCCACCAGCAACAACAGGUGGUCUAAUCGCACAUGCUCAACCCAGCGCAAGGUGGACCGACACAGACAACCGAACGAACAUCUUGUUCUAGACAAUGACCUCAAAGAGGUGGAGGGGCGUUUGCUCUUGCAGAACUCUAUGGCUUUCUGGGAAUGGGAUAAUACGCCACCCCCGCCUGUUAAACCACCCAAAAAAUCCUUCUCGGCCUGCUGUCUGAAGUACAUGCAGGAAGCCCGCAACCUGGGGAAGAACCUGAGACAACCCAAACUCUCAGACCUUUCUCCUGCGGUCAUCGCUCAGACCAACUGGAAAUUUGUGGAGGGCUUACUGAAAGAAUGCAAGAUGAAGACCAAGCGCAUGCUGGUGGAGAAGAUGGGGAGAGAGGCUGUUGAAAUGGGUCAUGGAGAGGCAAACAUCACGGGCCUUGAGGAGAACACGCUCAUAGCCAGCCUGUGUGACCUGUUGGAGAGAAUAUGGAGCCAUGGACUUCAAGUCAAGCAGGGAAAGUCUGCAUUGUGGUCACAUUUAUUGCACUACCAGGCGAGAGAAGAAAAGAACGAACUGCAGUCGGAGUCUUCGGUAUCUAAUAGUCAGGAUAAACGAAAGCCGGAGUCUAGUGUCGGUCUCCCUGCGUUACGCGUGUCACUGAUACAGGAUAUGAGACACAUUCAGAACAUGGGAGAGAUUAAAACCGAUGUAGGUCGAGCACGUGCAUGGAUCCGUCUGUCUCUGGAGAAAAAACUACUUUCCCAGCAUCUGAAACAGCUGCUGUCUAACCAGACUUUAACCAAGAAGCUGUAUAAGCGCUACGCCUUCCUGCGUUGCGAAGAGGAAAAAGAGCAGUUUCUGUUUCAUCUCCUGAGCCUGAACACUGUGGACUACUUCUGUUUUACCAGCGUCUUUACCACCAUAAUGAUUCCAUACCGGGCUGUCAUCAUUCCCAUCAAGAAGCUUAGUAACGCAAUGACAACAUCGAACCCCUGGCUGUGUGUAUCCGGUGAGCUGGGCGACUCCGGCAUCCUGCAGAUCACAAAGAACGUUUUGGAAAUGACGUUUGACUCUGCCUUUAGGCCUCACACGCACUUCUCCAUCGCCUUCAAGUGUCAGAAUAUCGGGAGGUUGACAACAGUGCAGCUGGGUCACGAUAACUCGGGCCUGCUCGCCAAAUGGCUGGUGGAUUGCGUCAUGGUCCGCAAUGAGAUCACCGGACAUACAUACAAGUUCCCAUGUGGUAGGUGGCUGGGGAAAGGUGUUGAUGAUGGCAGUCUGGAGAGGGUUCUGAUAGGUGAACUUGUAGUACCGUUCAACGAUGAAGAUGGGGGACGGACUCCGCCCCUUCAGCGCUCUCCGUCACAGAUUCGAAGAAUCAGCAUCACGUCACUUACAGGCCGCGGCAACAAACCAACAACAGUUCAGAUACAGGAAUCCAUUGGUGAAGCAGUAAACAACAUUAUAAAGCAUUUCCACAAACCGGAGAAAGAGAGGGGCAGUUUGACGGUUCUUCUGUGUGGUGAAGGUGGUCUUGUUUGGGCUCUGGAGCAAUUCUUUCAUCAUGGUUUUCGUACGGCUCGACUGUUUCAGAAAAACGUCUUUGUGUGGGACUUCUUUGAAAGGGCAGUGGCGUUAAUGGUGAAUGCAGAUCACAUUGAAGACAUAAAGGAGACACCCGAGCCUCUAAGUUUGACUUGUGAGUCUUUUUGUCGCUAUGUCAAUGCCAUUAACAAUAUGCCACGCAACAUCGGCAAAGAUGGCAAAUUCCAGCUGCUGGUUUGUCUCGGGGCAAGAGAUCGAUUGUUGCCGCAGUGGCUCCCUCUACUGGCUGAAUGCCCCGUCAUCACACGCAUGUAUGAAGAAAACGCAUUACUGAGAGACAAGCUCACGGUCAGCUCCGUCGUCGCUGUCCUGCAAACAGUCAACGACUUCCCCAUCACGCUGGAGACUUCUCUUACAAAAUGCUUUGAACUUUAACUUUGGAUCUCUGCCCCUCUCUGAUGCCACCCUUAGGGCCAAGGCGGACCCAAAAGUUACUCUGCCUACUGCGCUCUCCAUCUGUGAAAAGGACUGAUGGCUUAUCAAUGCUUUAAGCCUCCUACAUCCCCACAGAAAUGAAACGCUGAACUUCAGAAAAUGUGUUGGGAGUUUCACAAAAGCAGUUUCCUGACUUUUGCUUUCAAAUUUGUGGUCAUUUUGAAAACAUCUCAUCUGCGAGCGCGUGUGAAGACUAGUCUAGCGCUUCUGCUUCAUCACGUGCCAUCUUGGAAAGCAUGUUUUUGGCAACAAGCAUUUGUGAGCAGCUUGCUGUAUCUGCUGAAUACUGACAGAUUAUUUAUGUCCUAAACAUUCAAUACUGGUUUUAUUAGAUACUUGAGAGUCAGACGUCAAGUGAAUUGACUUAUUUUUAUUUGUAAAUUGAUGUAUAUUAGUUUAAUACGUAUACGCCGAUCGAGUAAUAUUUUCACUGCAGAGAAACGGAUAGUCCAGACCAAACUGUUAAGCCUGUCGAAUGAACUUUUGGGAAUUAUGGACAUUCCAACAUGCAGUAUGCGUUACAAGAUGUGUUCAUAUGUCUGAUAGUGUUGUGUGUAUGUGUGUGUAUGCGUGUCGGUUAGGUGAGUGUGUGAUAAAUAUGUUUAUUUUGCCAAUGAGUAUUAAGUUCAUAGAUAAUUUUAUUCAGAAAAACACUGGAAGUCAUCACAAAGCAAUAACACGCCUCUUUUAAACUUUGUUUAUUGCCACCCUUAUAUAGUUACAAAGACUUGGAGUACACUUAAAGAUUAUUAAGCAAUUAAUUGAAGGGUGCUUUAAUGAAACAUUCAAGUCCUACUACACACCACUAAUUGAAGGACUGUAAAAAUGCGUUGUUAAUCCUUUUUGCACAUCACCUGUGGUAAAAAUAACCCUGUGUUAAUGUUCUUUGAUGCACCUGUUUAAAACUUAACCCACGCUGAGAGAAAUUUAAUGAGUUGUUACAGACUGUCUCAAAGCGGCUAUGAAUCACUUUUUAUUUUCACUGUUGCGUAAUGUUACAUGAGUUUUGCCUUUUAAUGUGAAAUCUCAGCAUUUGAUCUAAGAUCUGUAUGUGUGGGUGAUUGCAAAGUCAUUAUUUUAGCUUUUUCAAAUGGAUAUAUCUUUAAUUACUUGAAUAAUUAUGGCUCACAAGAUGUUACAGGCCAUAACAAUCACAUAUUUUCUGUGGAAAGUGUCUUAUAUAGCUAAAAUUAAUCUUUUCCUGUUGUAUGAAUUAGUCAGUGUCAACUCUGUUACUGUCAAACUAUGUUACCAAUGUAGAGUAACAGUGUUGACUGUAUGUAAGAGAACUGACAGUCAUACAGGGAAUCCCUCUCUGCCCCCCCACACAUAUACAUGACUCACUGUCAACACUGUUACACUCUGUCCUGGUAACAGAGUUUGACAGUAACAGAGUUGACACUAAUUCGAAAAACAGGAAAUCAUGAUUUUCAGCACUUUUCACAGAAAAUAUUGUAUUGUUAUGGGUUGUAACUUAACUGUAAUGACUAUGCGUACCAAAUAUAACCAUUUGAUAAAAGCAGCGAAAAUAAUGACUGUAAUAUAUAACAUACCUGCAAUUAUAUAAUCACACAUGUGCAUGCCACAGUGGCACGUAUUCAAACUGUGUUUUAUUACUUUUAUAAUGUAUUUAUUUCUUAAACAAUACUUUCGUUACACUGGUUGAUUAUUUGAACUAAUUGCGGGGUGAAUUAAUGCAUUAAUCUGGCACUGUAUCAUUUAUUUAUUUUAUUCAAAUUACAAGGUUUAAAUGUGUAUAGUUUUGUAAAUCCAUCUUGUUUCGAGUCUACAAAACGUUUGCCCUACGAGUUGAUGAAAAUCAAAGGGAAUCCUUUAGCUGGGGAAGCCACAUAAGCAGUCUCUUGUUUCUGAUGCAUGCUACAUGUUUUUGAUCUCAAAGAACCACUGUUGCUGUAAAUGAAAUUGUUACCCAUUUCGGCUCCUUUAUAUCCUAUUCGGGAAUCAUUCCAUUCUGGUUAAGUUUUUUUGUUUUCCUGUAUGACAUAACAUUUCCUCAUCAAUCAUAUUGUUAAAACUUUGUGUAAAGUGGUUUUCUGUUGUUUGUAGUUUGAAGCAACUCAUUAAAAUUGCUCUGAAUGUCUGUA